AUGGAGUACCUAGGUGAUGGUACUCCAAGCAUGCAGCCUCAUGGCUUGCACCAAGCUGAAUGGGCCCAUUUAACAGUCACAAAUGGGUAUGGCCCCAGGUUUGUGCAGUCAGAGGAACAGGUUUUGGACCCCGUUAUGUCCAUGGGUUGGGCCACAGCCAUGCAGGUCAUAUGGCAUUUGCCCAACUCAAACCAGCCUUCUGUUCCUUCCGAUCCCUUUGAGCCUGUGUCCUGA